UCAAAGAUGAUGUCAGCCGCGGAUCAGUUGGAGCGCGAUCAGCCGCCCAGCCGUUGUCAGGUGGACUGUUCAGCCAACGUAGCGGCAGGGUGUAGAAACAAGGCCAACUCAGGCCAGAGGAACGGAGAGACUGCGUCAUCCUCCCCGGAGAGCGGGAGCUUGAACGGAGACGCAAAGCGAACCGGGAAAAGCCGCCGUCGCAGGAAACGCUCGUCCAACCCCGAGAACCGCCCCGAAGGGAAGGUGGAGGGCAAAGCCAAGAAUGAGGAGAAGCCGAAUAAAGCUGCGACAGGCCAGAGCCAAGCGCCUGACCCCCGAGCUGCGCUGGUCGGCCUGCAGUCCGAGUGCACCAACGUGUGGUUCGAGCGAAACGUCUACGAGCGAGCGGAGAGUCUCUACCAGAGCCGGCUGGCGAGCUCCUCCAACUCCAACGUGGCCGCCAAGAUGAACGGGUCACCUCCAGCUGCUGGGAAACAUUCCAACUCUCCGGCAUCCACCGCCGCCCCGGCUCAACCCUCAGGAGCGGCGAGUCACCACGGCAACCAGGUGGCCUGCCAUCACGUGGCCUGCGAAGAGUCCGCGCAGCCGUCCGUCCCAAACUCUUUGGAUCUCCCGCCCGCGUCCAACCGCUCCAGGACACCCAGGACACCCAGGACACCCGAUGAAGGGUACCAAUCUCUCGCCCCGACUCCUGCGACUCCCGUCAACCAGCAGGCAGCGGUCACGCCGACCAAUCGGCAGUCGAUUAACGGACUGCCCCGCAUCCCAGUGGGGCUGCUGAGAGGCGUUUGGUUGGAGAAACCUCUGUACGACCGCGCCGAAGCAGCCUUCUACCAAAAUCUUUACGGCAACAACUCCUCCUCUAAGAGAUCCAGCUGCAACUCCGCCACCAGAAGUAGCGACCCGCCUCAAAGCCUUGUAGAAGAAGAAGAGGAGGAGGAGGAAGCGGCGGCGGAAGAGGAAAAAGGAGCAGGCGCGCAGGGUAAAGCAGCGGACAACUUCCACGCUCUGCAUCCGAUCCAGGAGGAAGAGGAGGAGCCAGCGGGGGCGGCAGCGGUGGCGGCGAAGGAAACCCCCGAGAAAAAAGGUGGAGCAUCGGGGUCGGGACUCUGCUACUUCCUCCACCCGGACAGCGAGCGGGUGUGGCUGGACAAGUGGCGGUACGAUGAUGCGGAGGUCCGUUUCCAUGGUUACAGUGGGAGCGAAGCCCCGGCGGCGAAGGCGAAGGCGAAGGGUCGGAGGCCGGAAGCGGACGCCUCAUCUGUCGCCUCCGCCGCCCCACUGAGGGACAAGUAUGACCAAAAGCCGGAGAACGGAGCCGCUUCAGUUCCUCUUUCAUCUUUUUUUAAUUUUUUAUAUCAUCGAGUAAAGAUGAGCACCCUCGACUUUCUAGCCCAGGAGAAGAUCUGGUUUGAUAAACCUCGUUACGACGAGGCCGAGAGACUCUUCUACGAGGGCGCGAACGGCUCCUCACCAUCAACGCAGGAUGUCGGAGCACCAUCCAACACCAUCCUGCAAGACAUUGCUCGGGCUCGGGAGAACAUCCAGAAGUCUCUAGCAGGACUGAAGACUACACUGUGUAACAGAAGGUCUGAUCAGCGUUCCCUGAGCCAACAAUCCCAGUUCAGCACCACCAGCAGCAGCCCAGCUGAUCAAGGAGAAAUCGUCUCACGCAUCAAAAGCCUGGAGCUGGAGAACAACAGCUUAAACAAAGUGGUGGAGGACUUGAGGGCAGCACUAUCCAAACUGGAAUGUCGAGUAGCAGUUUUGGAGAAAUCGCCCGCAACUGUAACUCCCGCUACUGCACCGGCUCCUGCAGUCCCCUACACAAACGGCACUACCGUCCAGCAGAAAACCAGCAAACCAGUUGACGAGGAGGAGGAUGAUGACGAUGAUAUCGACCUGUUCGGCAGCGACGAGGACGAUGAAGAGGCAGAGAAACUCAAAGAGCAGAGGUUGAAAGAGUACGCAGACAAGAAAGCCAAGAAGCCCGGCCUCAUCGCCAAGUCCUCGAUCUUACUGGAUGUCAAACCUUGGGAUGAUGAGACAGACAUGGCGAAGCUUGAGGAGUGUGUGCGCUCGGUGCAGGCUGACGGCCUCUUAUGGGGGUCGUCCAAACUGGUUCCCGUGGGUUACGGCAUCAAGAAGCUCCAGAUCGCCUGCGUGGUGGAAGACGACAAGGUGGGGACGGACCUGCUGGAGGAGGAGAUCACCAAGUUUGAAGACUAUAUUCAGAGUGUCGACGUAGCAGCGUUCAAUAAGAUCUGAUCCCAGUACGUCUCGUCUUGUCUGUCGUCACGCCUCGUUUCUGCUGAUUGUGUCAACGGUUAAUCAUGAUAAUAAAAACACUCUUGCACUUAA